CGAAUCAUUUUUCCAUUCAUCACAGAAGCAAUUGCUCUAAAUCUCUUUCAUCUUUCUGAUCGAUUCGUUUAUCUGAUUCAUCACGAAAGAUCGUAUAUUCAACACGAUUUCAUUUCUAACAUCAAUUUUUCAUCGAUUCUUGAAUUUGUCUAAUGGCGAUAUCAGGCUCCGAUUUGGAUUGCUCGCGUCCAUCGAUUGAUCAAUAUGAGAAUCCUUUCUACUUGCACAGCUCAGAUCAUGCGGGACUGAAUCUUGUAUCCGAUCGUCUCACUACUGGAGCUGACUUUCAUUCUUGGAGAAGAUCUGUUCGAAUGGCACUCAAUGUGCGCAAUAAACUUGGAUUCAUUGACGGUACUAUCACUAAACCAUCAUCUGAUCAUCGUGAUUUUGGCUCAUGGUCACGUUGCAAUGACAUGGUUGCAACGUGGUUGAUGAAUUCUGUGUGUAAAAAGAUUGGUCAAAGCUUGUUGUUUAUAUCUACUGCGGAGGGAAUCUGGAAUAAUCUCUUAGCUAGAUUUAAACAAGAUGAUGCACCUAGGGUUUAUGAGAUUGAACAGCGUCUGAGUAUUAUUCAACAGGGUGCUAUGGAUGUAAGUGCUUAUUAUACUGAACUUGUGACGUUAUGGGAAGAAUAUAGAAAUUAUGUAGAGCUACCUGUUUGCACUUGUGGUAGGUGCGAGUGUAAUGCUGCAUUGUUAUGGGAAAAACUGCAGCAGAGGAGCCGUGUAACCAAAUUCCUUAUGGGACUGAAUGAGUCAUAUGAGUCUACAAGGAGACACAUCUUGAUGUUAAAACCGAUUCCAACUAUUGAGGAUGCUUUUAAUAUGGUGACUCAGGAUGAAAGACAGAGAAGUAUUAAGCCUUCUACAUCAGAACCUGUAGUUUUUCAAACUUCAGGACCAAAUCAAGCAUCUGGAUCAUCCAACCAUUAUUCUCAAGAUGUUUCUUCAUAUCAAGGUCAGCUGGAUAAUACAGCUUUUGCUAUUCAGAAUGGAUAUCGUCCUCGUGCACCACGACCUAUCUGUACUCACUGUGGUCAAACUGGUCACGUUAUACAAAAAUGCUUUAAGCUUCAUGGAUAUCCUCCCGGCUACAUUCCAGGAUUUAAGAGCACUUUCUCUAACUAUCAACCUCAGAGAUCAUCUGCUCCAUCUAAUUUCCAGCCUAGAGGAUAUUCUCCAAACACUGUCUCUAGACCUCAUUCAGUUGCCAAUGUGAUGACUAGUCCUAUUCCCUAUACUCCACCAUCAGCAAUAGAUGCUAUGAAUUUGGAUAUUAGCAAGCUGAAUGGAGAUCAAAUUCAGACAUUGAUUCAACAACUCUCAAGUCAUAUUCAAGUUUCAGAGCCUUUGGCACCUUCCCCAUCCACAUCAAAAGUCACAGAACAUGGUAUAAUGGCUGUUCAAUCAUCAUCGGGAGUUUAUUCAGGGCUUGACGAUUGGUAGAGGCAUACUUCUGCAUAAUCUCUACAUAUUACAACUUGAUCCACCUUCUACUCAUGAUGAAUUCUCUGGAUCCUUGAUGGCUGAUGGAAUUCUUUGGCACCAACGCCUUGGACACCCAUCUGCUGACAAGUUACAAUGCAUUUCUGGUACUCUUUCUUUGUCUAAGUCUGUUUUUAAACAUCCAUCUCAUUGUUCCAUCUGUCACUUAGCAAAACAAAAAAGAUUGUCUUAUGAGUCUCAUAAUCAUUUGUCUUCACUUCCAUUUGAUCUAAUUCAUUUAGAUGUGUGGGGUCCUUUCUCUAUAGAGUCUGUAGAAGGAUAUAAAUACUUUCUUACAAUAGUUGAUGAUUGUACACGUGUAACAUGGGUUUAUAUGAUGAAGAAUAAAAGUGAAGUUACACAACA